AUGAAAUCUAAUAACAAUUUUUACACAAUUCAAAGUAAUUCUUCUUAUGGAAAUAAUGCAAUUGAUAAUAAUAGAAAUAAAGAAAGUAUAUCAAAUUACCAUAAUGUCAAUAAUUCUAAUACUUUAAAUAUGAACAUGCAAAAAAAAAUUGAUCAUCAUAAUAAUACUUUAAAUGAAAAUAGUAAUUUUAUCGAUUCCGUCAAUGAGAUAUCAAAUAAUACUCCUGGCAAUAAUUCAAUGGAAAAUUUUAACUUUCAUAAUAAUAAUUUAAUUUAUAGUAAUAAUGAUUUAAAUAAUAAUAGUUAUGCUAAUAAUCAAUAUUUACUAAAUAAUUUAAAAAUAGGAAACACAAUACAAAAGAUGAAUGAAAAUUCGAUUAAAAAUGCAAAUGAAAAUUUAAAUAAGCCAGUUAAUAUUGUGAAUUAUAAUAAUUUUCAUAAAAAUGUGAAUAAUAACAUGACUGGAUCAAUUGAUGAAAAUAUCAAUAAUCCUCAAAUCAAUUAUAGAAAUCUUUUUCUUAAUAAAAAUAAUACUUUAAAAAGUUCUGAUAUUAAUAGUAUGCAUAAUAACUUAAAUAAUAUAAAUAAUUUGAAUAGAAUUAACACAAAAGAUUUUAUUGAUAGAAUUAAUAAAACUAAUAACUUGAGUAAUAUAAUUAAUAUAAAUGAUAGUUGUAGCAAUAGCAAUCUUAAAAAUUUAAAUAUGAAUAAUGGAAACAAUGUAAAUAGUAAUUUGAACGACAAAAAUACAAAUAAUAACGUAAAUAAUUUAAAUAAUUCUAUUAAUAAUAAUGUGAAUAACUUAAAUAAUAAUAUAAGUAAUUUAAAUAAUAACGUUAAUAACAUGAAUAACUUAAAUAAGAAUAUAAGUAAUUUAAAUAAUAACGUUAAUAACAUGAAUAAUUUAAAUAAUAAUAUGAAUAACAUAAAUAUAUUGGGUAAUAAAAUGAGCAAUCUAAAUAAUAUAAAAUAUAAUAUGAAAAAUUUAAAUGAUAAGAUUAAUAACUUAAAUAAUAACAAUAGUAAUAAUAUGAGUAAUAUUAACUUAAACUCUAACAUAAAUAAUAUUAGCUAUUUAAAUAAUACGAAUAUUAAAAUUAAUAAUUUGAAAGAUAAGAAUGAUAGUUUGAAUAAAUUAAAUACUAAUGUAAAUAAUAUAAACAUUGCUAUUCCUAAUGUAAAAAUAUAUAAUAAAAAUAUAAACAAUUUAAAUGAUUUGGAUAAUAACAAAAAUAAAAGUAGUACUUUAAAUAAUAAUUCAAUGAAAAAUAUGAAUAGUAAUUUGAACAAUGAUAUAUAUUUAAAUUUAUCAUUAAAUGAUAAGGUGUUCAUGAAUGAGAAUUUAAAAAAUAACAUGAAUAAAGAUGAAUUUAAGGUGGACAAAGCGAAAUCAAAUUUAAGUAGUAAUUUAAAUUCUGAAAUAAAAAAGAGUUAUAAUUCUGAUACAAGUAGUUAUUUAGAAAAUGACAUAUUAAAUAGUAAUAUAAAUAUAAACGAUAAGAAUAUAACAUCUCUAUAUAAUAUAAAUAAUAAGCAUUAUUCGAAUCAAAACAUGUAUAUAAAUGAACAUAAUUUUAAUUUAGUAAAAAAUUCUAAUUACAUAAAUAAUUCAUCCAUUCAAGAUAACAGCCAAAAAUUACUUUCACCUAUAGUAAAACAAAAUUUAUCUUCACAUAUCUCAAAUAAUAAUGAAAAAAGUAGUAUUAAUUUUGAUAUAAAUAAUAUGGAAUGCGAUGUUAAGAAAAAGCUAGAUAGUACUAAUUUAAAUAGCACUGUUACCCAUAGUCAACCUAUGUUACCUGAAUGUUUAAUAAAAAAAAAAAAGAAAGAAAAAGAAAAAGAAAAGGAAAAGGAAAAUUUUGCAGCAAAUGGCAAUAGGAAAAGCAAUGAUGCAUUAAAUGAUCAACAUAUCGAUAUAUCUAACAACGAAAAUAUUUCCGUUAAUAAUAAAAAUAAUUAUAUGAAUAAUUCCAUAUCACAUUCAAUGGCUAGAGGAAAUUGUAAUGAUUCAUUAGAUAAUCAAAUGCUAAAUAAAAAAUUAAAAUUUUAUAAUGAUUGUUCAAAGAGUGUAGAAAAAAAAAAUAACAAAUUAAAUGAAAAUAAAAUAAGCAAUUAUUCAUCAAUAUUAAAAGAUAAUAAUUUAUGCAAUUCCAAUGAUCAGUCACCUCAAAAUCAAAACAUAUUACUAAAUAAUUCAAAAAUCAUAACAGGCAACAAUAAUGAUAACUUAAAUAGUCUGGUUAAUUUAAAUAAUGAUAAUUAUUUAGGUAAUUUAUAUUCACAUUCUUCUUUAAAUGAAAAUUUUAGCUUAAAUAAAAUAAAUCAAGAGAAAAAAAAUUCCUUAUCUCCUAUAGGAAAUUUUAAAAGUAAAAAUAAUUUAAAGAAUAUAAAUAACUUAAAUAUUACAAGUAAUUUAAACAGUGUUAAUAAUUCAAAUAAUAUUAAUAAGGUAAAUAAUAUGAAUGAAAUAAAUCAUUUAAAUUAUAAUAAAAACAUAUCAAAUAAUAAAAUUAAUGUUAAUGAUUUAUAUAUUAUGAAAUUAAAAGGAAAUGCAAAUAUGCAAGAUAAUACAAAAGGCAUUAUGCAAAUAAACUCUCACAAUUAUAUAAAAAGUGAAACUAUUAAGAAUAUAUGUGAUGAAUCAGUUAAUGUAGAAAAUAAAAAUGCAAAUAGUGAAUUAUUAGAAAAAGAGGAUAAAUUUAAAAGUGAUCAAAUAAAAGUUGAUUCCAAUUUUAUAUGGCUAUUUUUAAAUAAAGAAUUUAAUGAAAAUAAAAAAAAAUAUGUAGCUUUUAUACCAUACUUAAAAAAAUUUUAUCCUAACAGAUUAAAUGAUUUAAUACAUCAAUUAGAAAAGCAUUCUAUGUUAAGUUUCAAUUACAUUAUUAAAUGUUCUUUUGAACUACAAAUGAAGAUUAAAGAAAAAAAAGAUUUGACUUUAACAAAUUUAAAUAAUAUAAAUAUGAGUAAUAAUAUUACCGCUGAUUGUACUUCGAUUAGUAGUAAUAUUAUUAGUAAUAAUAACGAUAUUAAUAAUGAUAGUAAUAAUAGUAAUAAUAGUAAUAACAAUAAUAAUAAUAAUAAUAAUAAUAAUAAUAAUAAUAAUAAUAAUAAUAAUAAUAAUAAUAAUAAUAAUGGUAUUAAUAUAAGUAAUGAUAAUAAUAAUGAUAUCAUUAAUUUGAGUAGUAAUAAUAAUAGUAGUAUUAUUAUUAAUAAUGAUAAUGUUAAUAUGAGUAAUAAUAAUAAUAGUAAUUAUUAUAAUGAUAAUAUUAUUAGUAAUAAUAAUAAUAUUAAUAAUGAUAAUAAUAAAAAUAAUAAUAGUAUUAAUAAUUAUAAUAAUAAUACUAAUGAUAACAUGAACAUGAAUAAUAAUAAUGAUAAUGCUAAUAUGAGUAAUAACAAUAUUAAUAACGAUAUUAAUGAUAUUGAUGGUGAUAAUAAUAAUAGCAUUAAUAUAAGUAGUAGUAAUAAUAAUGAUAUUAAAAAUGAUAGUAACCAUAAUAAUGAUAUUAAAAAUGAUAGUAAUUAUAAUAAUGAUAAUAAUUAUUAUAAUAAUAAUAAUGGUAUUAAUAUAAGUAAUGAUAAUAAUAAUGAUAUCAUUAAUUUGAGUAGUAAUAAUAAUAAUGAUAUCAUUAAUUUGAGUAGUAAUAAUAAUAAUGAUAUCAUUAAUUUGAGUAGUAAUAAUAAUAGUAGUAUUAUUAUUAAUAAUGAUAAUAAUUACAAUAUUGAGAGUAAAGAUAAUAAUAGCAAUAGUUUUUUAAAUAAUAUCGUUUAUAAUGAUAAUAAGAUUGACAAUAAUUUAAUUAAUAAUAUAAAUAAUAAUUUAAACAACCUCCUAAAUAAUAUCAAUAUAGAGAGUACUUCUAUUUCAAACAAUGCAAAUAUAAACCCUUUAAAUAACUUAGCAAAUAAAAGUAAUAAUAGUAUAUAUAAAAAUAUUUGUAAUGAAAAUUUAUACAAUAAUAAUCCAUUAUUAAAAAAUAAUCAAAAUAAUAUUAAUAAUACACAUAGUAAAGUUAACUUUAAUGUUAAUAAUAAUGAUCAUAGUACAAAUACUAUUAAUAGUAGCACUGAUAUACAAAUAAGUAAUUAUAAUAAUGUAACUGAUGAUUAUAAUAACAUUAGAAAAAAAUCAUUAAAAGAUCAUUUAGACGCGAAUAAAACCAUAAAUAAUAAUAAUAAUAAAUUUGCAUUUUCUAAUAAUAUUUCUAAUUUUAACGUAUUGAACAGAAAUGUAUUAAAUACACAUAAUUUAGAAAAUAGUAAUGUAAGUAUUAAUGAAUUUGAUAAAAAUAAUUCAAUCACAAAUAAGUUAGAUAAGCAUAUGGAUUUUACAAAUAGUACAAAAAAAUAUAUAUAUAAUAAUACAGUUUAUUUAAAAAGCAUGAAUAAUGAUGAAAACAGCCUAUUUAAACAUUUAAAUGAAAAAAAUAUUGUGAAUGAUAUAAGUUCCAAUAAAAUAUUAGGUGAAAAUAUACAAAAUGGAAAUAAUAAUUUAUAUUCAUUAGAUAAAAAAUAUCCACAAUCUACAUAUGAUAAUAUGAUAGAUCAAAUGAAUGAAAAAAAUUUCAAUAAAAUUUCUGUUCAAGAGUUGAAUGAAAUAGAAAAAAAAAGAAGCUACUCUUCUAAUAUUAUGGAAAAUAAUUUAUCAUCCAAUAACUUAUUUGAGAAAAAUAUAACUAACAAUAAUAUGACAAGUAAAAAAAAAAAAAUAGAGGACGAAAUUGUUUAUAAUAAUAAAAAUAAAGAAAUUGAUAAAAAUAAUUUAAAUUUAUUAUAUUAUAAAUUAAAUAACAGUUAUAAGAUAGAUAAUAAAAGAAAUAAAACAGAUUCUAUGAAUAUAAACAAGGAUGAAGUAGAAAAUAAAAAAGAGAUAAUAAAUAAAGAAUGUUCAAAUUUCCACAUGGAAAAUAUUAAAGAAUCUAGUUAUCAAGCUGUAAUGAACAAUUUGGAUAGUUUUUCUCAUAAUAAAAAAAUGAGCGAAAACUUACAUGAUAAAAGUUAUUUUAAUAAUAUUAAUAAUAAUAGUAAUAUUUAUAUGGAUAAUCAGGAUUCUUCAACAAAGUAUCUAUUAAAUUUUUCAGUAGACGAUUACGAAAAAGGGAAUAAAAAAAAAAUAUUAAAUGAUUCAAGAAAAGAAAAUUUAAAUAAAGAAAUGGUGAAAAAAGAGAAAGGAAUACGAAAAAAUAAAACCAAAACAAAAAAAAUGGAAAUUACUGAAAUGAUGAGAAAUUACGAUUUUAAAAAUAUUUACCCUAACGAUUUUUAUAAUAAUCAAAAUAAUAAUAUAUAUUUAAAAAAAAAUAAAAGUGCAAAAAAAUUAUGUUUUCCACAUAAUAAUUUUUCAGUUUACUUAAAAAAUACUCCUGUACCAAUUAGUGAACCUCCAAGCAAUCAAAUAAAUACAGUUGAUAUAUUAAGAAGAAAAUAUAAAAGGUUCAGUUUUUGUAUAAAUAAAAUUUUCAAUAGAAAAAAUAUAAAUGAUAUAAUUACUUUAAAUGAGAAUGUGAAUAAGAACAAAGAUUUACUGUCUUUAUUUAAAAAAAAAGAUAUACGUAAUUUAAAAAAAAAAAAUUUCUCUUUUUUUAUGGAAAAACUGGAACUCCAAAAAAUAGAUUUUCUAAUUAUAAAAAGAAUUCAUAUAUGUCUAGAGAAUAUAAAAAAUACAUUUGGAGUAACAUGUGUAAUAAAUAAUGUUGAGAAAAUAGUAUAUAUGUUAAAAAAAGCAUUUAAGGAUAGAUUAAAUUUAAUUUGGCCUUUAAUAGAAUUUUCUAACAAAUAUAGGUUGGAUCAAUAUUUUCAUUUAUUGGGAAAAAAUAAAAACCAUUCACAUUCGAAGUUUAAAAAUACUAAGCUAGCUGUUCAUCAAAACAUUAACUCACUAAUAGUUUACUUUAAUCAGAGAAUUAUUGAUGAUAAAUGGGUUGAGUAUUUGAAAAAUCAAAUGAAACCAAAAAGAAGGAGAAGGAAAAAUAAAAAUAAAGAAAAUUUCGUGGAGGAUAAGACUUUUGAUUACCUAAAAACAAUGAACACUGCUUUAUCACUUAAUAAUACCACAGAGAGUAUAAUUGAUUUAGAAACAGUGAAAGCUAAAGCCAAUGAAUUUGCAUUUGUUGGUUAUAAUCAAAAAAGACUUUUAACACAAAUUACUCCAUACGAUUACAAAGUUAUUUUGAAUUUUGAUUUUUGUAAAAAAUUAUUUACAGUAAAUUGGAGAAAGCAACAAGCAUCGCUUAUUGAUCAUUUGCACUUUGAUAUGGUUCCUGAUACAGAUGAUAUAAAAAAACAUUUCGAAAAUGUUUAUAUUAGAUACAUGGGAUAUGAAAAAAAUGAAUUGAUAUUAAAAUCAGGGGAUAAGUUGAAAUCAAGUAAAUUAAAAAAUAAAAAAGAUAAUAAUGUGUAUAACAAAACUGAUGAGAAAAAAAAAACUCCAAGGAAAAGAAGAAUACCAAAAAACAAUGAAAAUUCCGAAAAAGAACCUACAAUUAAAAAACCUAGAAAGAAAUAUGAAAGAAUAAAACAAAAAAAAAAUAGAGAUAUAGAUGAAAAUGUAGUAAGAAAUGAAAAACAAGGAGAUAAUAUAGAGAUUAAAAAAAGUAAUAAUAAAAUUAAAAAAGAGAGAAAGGUAAGGGAAAGGAAAAAAAAAAGUAAGAAAGAAUCAAGUGAAGAUAUAACUAUUAUUAAAGGAAACCCCGAUACUGUAAUUCAAGCUUCCUUAGAUUUUAUGAAUCCAAACAUGUUCACAUAA